AUGGGUCUGGCGGUGCUCUCUCGUUACCCACAUCACGGUUGUCAAUCAUUUGAUGUGGACGCAUUGGAUAUCUUCCAACAGCUUCGCCACUUCUAUCCAACCCUGGACGCGAACCACCCCGUCCGCAGGCUGCUGCAGGUGCACACCUACAAGACCGAAUCCAUCAACCACCACUCCGCGCUGAGCCUGUAUCCCGAGGGCGGCAUGCUGCACCGCAUGUCUCCCUUCCCGUACGAGGAGCUGCAGCGAGUGUUCGCCAUGGCUGCCGCCAGCUACAGGUUCCGGACCUGGCCGGAGGAGCGCGAGGCCUUCGACCUGCCCGAUGGCCUGAAGGACCGCCUCCCGAUCUUCCAGGACGGCCUGGACCUCUGGCGGGCUCUCUACCGAUGGGUCUCCGGGUACCUCGGCGUCUUCUUCCCGACGGACGCCGACGUGCAGGGCGACCCAGGGCUGCAGGAGUACUGGAAGUUCAGCCGCACGCCCCUGUACGCCGCCGCUCUCGGGCGGCCGCUGUCCAAGGCGUCGCUCACAGACCAGAUCACGAGGGCCGUCUUCGACGCCACGGCCAUGCACGAGUUCGUCGGCGGCGUCGUCGGUUACACCACGGACCCCGCUGGCGCGGUCCUGCAGGUGCGCCCCGGGCUGGACAUGGCCGGCCUGCAGCAGUUUGUCCAGGUCAAUUCGCUGGUGGCGGGCACGGGCAUGCCCAUGCCCAUGCUGAUGCCCAGCGGCCAGCCUGGGGACGAGGACUGGCUGCCACAGCUGCGGCUGGGACAGGCAUCCGAUGUGCACGUCGAGAGGCUGCACGCAGAGCUCAUGCGAGACCUGGGCGCGGUGUCGACCGCCAUUGGCCAGCGCAACAGCCCUGCCGGUGCGCGCAUGCACCCGUUCGAGAAGAUGGACCCCGGAACGCACGAGCGCUCCCUGAGCCUAUGA